AUGGCUCCCCACGCUGAUUCCGAUGCGCCUCACAACAGCUUCGACACUAUCCUCGUCCUCGACUUCGGUUCCCAAACGAGUCACCUGAUCCUGCGUCGUCUCCGAUCUCUGGGUGUCUUCGCCGAGCUCCUUCCUUGCACCACCAAGAUCGCUGAUCUGACAUGGAAGCCUAAGGGAAUUGUUUUCUCUGGAGGUCCUGCCUCAGUCUACGAUGAGGCCUCGCCCCAUGUUGACCCCGCCGUCUUUGACUUGAACGUUCCCAUUCUGGGCAUCUGCUAUGGUUGCCAGGAGAUCGCGUGGCGGGUAAACCCCAACAACGUUGCCCGUGGCGAGACCCGAGAGUACGGCCACGCCGACGUCAAGAUCACCAAGGUUAACAGCAACGUCGACCGCCUGUUCGCCGGCCUGGGCGAGGAGGUUCCCGUCUUCAUGUCCCACUACGACAAGCUCGUUACUCUGCCCGAGGGUUUCGUCGUUGUUGGUGCCACCGAUCACUCCGAGUACGCUGGUAUCGCCCACCAGGAGAAGCCCAUCUUCGGUGUCCAGUUCCACCCCGAGCUCGAACACACCCCCUGCGGAACCGACAUCCUCCGCAACUUCAGCAUUGACAUCUGUGGCGCUCAAGCCAACUGGGUUAUGGGCGACUUUGUCCAGCUCGAGAUUGCUCGUAUCCGUGAGCUCGUCGGUGACCGCGCCCUGGUUCUUGGUGCCGUCAGUGGAGGUGUCGACAGCACUGUCGCCGCUGCUCUUAUGACUGCCGCCAUUGGAGACCGUUUCAAGGCCAUUCUUAUCGACACUGGUUGCAUGCGUCUGAACGAGUGUGAAGAGGUUAAGCAGACUCUCGGAAAGCACCUUAACAUCAACCUUACAGUUGUCGAUGCUGGCGAGCUGUUCAUGAGCCGUCUGGCCGGUGUUUCCGACCCCGAGAAGAAGCGCAAGAUCAUUGGAUCCUCUUUCAUUGAUCUGUUCGAGGAGGAGGCCAUCAAGAUCGAGAAGGCUGCUGAGAACACCCCCAACACCGGAAAGGUGGAGUGGUUCUUGCAGGGAACCCUGUACCCUGAUGUCAUUGAGUCUUUGAGCUGGCGCGGACCUUCCGCCACUAUCAAGACUCACCACAACGUUGGCGGUCUUCCUGAGCGCAUGAUGAACGGCCAAGGCUUGCGUCUUAUUGAGCCCCUUAGACUUCUCUUCAAGGAUGAAGUGAGAGCGAUCGGUCGCCAGCUUGGCAUCCACGAGGACCUCGUGAACCGCCACCCCUUCCCCGGUCCCGGCAUUGCCAUUCGCAUUCUUGGCGAUGUUACCCAGGAGCGUGUCGAGAUCGCCCGCAAGGCUGACCACAUCUUCAUCAGCAUGAUCAAGGAGGCCGGUCUUUACAACCAGAUUUCUCAAGCCUUUGCUGGUCUUGAUACUAACCGCAGUGUUGGUGUUUUCGGUGACCAGCGCGUCUGGGGUUACAUCGUCAUUCUCCGUGCUGUUCAGACUAAGGACUUCAUGAGCGCUGAUAUCUUCGACUUCGACAACGCAUUCCUUAAGAACGUUUCACGCACCAUCUGCAACCAGGUUGACGGUGUCUCCCGCGUUGUCUACGACCUUACCUCCAAGCCCCCCGGCACCAUUGAGCUGGAGUAA